CGGCCAGCCGCCUCUCCUCCGCUAGGUUAAAGCGACGCCGCCGCCGCCCGCCUCGCCCUUCCUCUUCCUCGAAGGCUUGGUCCUCAUCCUCGCAUCCCCACCUCCACCAUCCCCUAGGGUUAGGUCUCGUCUCCCCCACCCCCUGCAGCAGCGAUGGCGAUCAAGCGUACCAAGGCGGAGAAGAAGCAGGCGUACGACCGCAAGCUGUGCAGCCUGCUGGACGAGUACACCAAGGUGCUCAUCGCCCUCGCUGACAACGUCGGCUCCAAGCAGCUCCAGGACAUCCGCCGCGGCCUCAGGGGCGACUCGGUGGUGCUCAUGGGGAAGAACACGCUCAUCAGGCGCUGCAUCAAGGCGUACGCUGACAAGACCGGGAACCACACCUUCGACCCGCUCAUGGACCUCCUCGUCGGGAACGUCGGCCUCAUCUUCACCAAGGGUGACCUCAAGGAGGUCCGCGAGGAGGUUGCCAAGUACAAGGUUGGCGCUCCUGCUCGUGUUGGUCUGGUUGCUCCUGUGGAUGUUGUUGUCCCCCCUGGCAACACUGGUCUGGAUCCCUCCCAGACCUCUUUCUUCCAGGUGCUCAACAUCCCCACCAAGAUUAACAAGGGUACUGUGGAAAUCAUCACCCCUGUGGAGCUGAUCAAGAAGGGUGACAAGGUGGGCUCAUCCGAGUCUGCCCUGCUUGCCAAGCUGGGUAUCCGCCCCUUCUCGUAUGGUCUUCAGAUCGUCAAUGUCUACGAGGAUGGGUCUGUCUUCAGCCCUGAGGUGCUCGACCUGACUGAGGACGACCUGGUUGAGAAGUUUGCCACUGGUGUCUCCAUGGUUGCCUCUCUUUCCCUGGCGCUCUCGUACCCGACCCUUGCUGCUGCCCCCCACAUGUUCAUCAAUGGGUACAAGAACGUGCUUGCCGUUGCUGUGGAGACAGACUACUCGUACCCGCAUGCUGACAAGAUCAAGGAGUACCUCAAGGAUCCGAGCAAGUUCGCCGUUGCUGCCCCUGUUGCCGCCGUGGGCUCUGGCGCGGCCGCUGCUCCCAAGGAAGAAGAGAAGGCGCCUGAGCCUGCCGAGGAGUCGGACGAGGAGAUGGGCUUCAGCCUGUUCGACGACUAGAGCUGCUCACAUCCGUCUAUGCUGCUGCGGCUUUAGGCUUUCUCUUAUUACAGCACCACCAAAGUAUUGUCAUCUUAUCAGUUAGCGUAUCAUGUUUUUUGUUAGUAGACAAAGAACUCAGUUGUGUCUCUAGUAGUGUGUAAUCGACGAUGGGAAUCUGGUUAUGUUAAGCAUUUGCCCGUGUCCUAUU